AUGGGGAGCAGGAUGAAAGAAGACGAGCGAACUGAAAAGGCUAUCCGAAGUUUAUUGAAGCUUCCCGAGAACCGGAGAUGCAUCAAUUGCAAUAGCCUGGGUCCACAAUAUGUCUGCGCAACAUUCUGGACUUUUGUCUGCAUCAACUGCAGCGGAAUCCAUCGAGAGUUUACACAUCGUGUGAAAUCUGUAUCAAUGGCCAAGUUCACAGCAGAAGAAGUUAAUGCACUUCGUGCAGGAGGAAACGAGAGAGGCAGACAAAUUUACUUUAAAGAAUGGGAUGCUAAGCGUGAUGCUUACCCCGAUGGCAGUAAUAUCCGCAAGCUCCGAGAUUUUAUCAAAAGUGUUUAUGUGGACAAAAGAUACACGAGUGAGUCCAAUGACAAGAUCUCAAGGCAAAAACCGGAUGUCAUAGAAGAUUACAAGGAAAGUAAGAAGGCCAGUGGAAACUUCUUGGGAUCUAGAAGCUUACAGUCUCUGGAUAAAUAUGAAAGUGAAAGAGCUAGUGCUGUUGGGAGGAGUGGAAAAGAAUCUCUCAAGUUUUAUUUUGAGGACAAGAAACAACAACAACAACAACAACAUGUUGCGCAUAAUCCAAAGGCUAGAGGUUUACCAAAGAGUCCUAUCCGGUUUGAGAUUGUUGAUGAUAGGUUUAGAGACGAUGGAAGUGUUAAGAGAUAUGAUGUGCGUAGAGAUUUAAGAGGAAACUCUAAAUCACUUGACCUCUCUAAUAACAAGGACACACCUAGCUUUCCCAUUGUACGUCAUGCCAGUGAAGUCUUAGGCAACAAUGGUGUAAAAGUUGAGAAAAAGAAGGAUCCAGUGAAUAAUCAGAUGACUGCAUCAUCUGAGAAAAUGAAGAAUCCUAGAAGUUUAAUGGACGACGAACCAGUUUCAGAACCCUCUGAUGACAGCAUCAGACAGACUUCAAGUGAACUUACUGCAUCUGUAAGGACAACUGAGGCUCCUGCUCCUAAUUCUUUGGAAGCUUUGUUGUUUGGACUCUAUGAUCCUUCUGUUGCCUCUGGUACAAACAACCUUGAACUAUGGAACACAAGUGAUAUUUCCUCUAUUGCUUCUGUUGACAACUAUCCUGCAGCUAGCCUUGAGACCCAGAUUGUGCCAAGAACACCAGACAGUGUUACCUCUUUUGUCACAUCACCUACAAUUGCGCAUGCUCAAUCUCCUCAUGCUGCUGAUAACUUAAACACAAACGAUAUGGCUACACCAAGUUUUGCUGAAACUAACCAGGUGGUAUUAUUUGCAUCACUUGAGGGACCAUCAUCAGAUACAUCUAUUGAACAGUCAACUUUAUAUAUCUCAAACUCUGCUCAUGGAGUUGGAUCUGAGCAUCAUCAUCAAGAUGAGACAAAAGCUAGCAUAAGAAGUGCACUUCCGGAGGACCUUUUCUCUGGAGGCUUCUCAUUUGCCUCCCCACAAGUUCAUGCUCAUCAUCAUGGCAUGGGAUAUGGCAUGCAAUAUUAUCAAUAUCCUGCGAGUACAGGAGCCUAUACAUAUUCAGCAAAACCAUCAAAUCCCUUUGACAUAAGCUGUGAUGAUACAGAUCCAAACCAAGCACCACAAUAUCCUUCUAUGGCAUACGUACAUGGAGGAGGCUUGCCUCACGUGUCAGCUCCAAGUGGGUAUUCAGAUUCUUCAAAUCCAGCGGCAGAUUCCAUGGCACUGAUGCCCUUUCAGUCACCUUAUUAUACAACAGAUCCCAAUCUUUCUCCUGGAGCAUAUAUGGUGCCGCAGUCACACGUGAAUAUGUCCCCAUCUUUCAGAGGGCAAGAGAUUAAUGGCGCACACACUUUUCAUCAAGCUAACAGUGGAUAUCCUUCUGCAAACGUCCCAAAUGCUUAUAUAUCCAGAGGAAAUCCCUUUGAUUGA